AUGGCUAUUUUCUGGUUUUUUAGUCAACUUAUCGCUACUUUGUCAAUAUGGAUAAAAGAAAUAAUUUUGCCAGGUAUGAGAAUUCUCGUAAUGCUGUUACUAGAUACACUACCAAUGCUAGGCAACGUUCUUUUGCUGUGUUUUUUUGUUUUUUUUAUUUUCGGAAUUUUGGGAGUCCAACUAUGGGGAGGACUUCUGCGUCAACGGUGUUUCUUGAAAGUGAUCCCCGAUGUCAAGUACCCAGAGAACCUUCAACCGUAUUUCCAUUAUCAUGGACAAGAUUACAUUUGCUCUCGCGUCGAAGACAGUGGAAUGCAUAUCUGUAGUGAGCUGCCACCACUAAUUUUGGAAGGUAUUCUGUGUAAUGAAUCUGCAUUGCCGAACAAUGACUCAACUUUUAUAUCUAAUACUACAUGCGUGAACUGGAAUAACUACUAUACCGAGUGCAAAGGUCAAGGGAAUAAUCCUUUCCACGGAACAAUAUCUUUUGAUAAUAUUGGACUAGCCUGGGUUGCAAUUUUCCUUGUCAUAAGUCUCGAAGGCUGGACAGAUAUUAUGUAUUAUGUUCAAGAUGCUCAUUCAUUUUGGGAUUGGAUAUAUUUUGUGCUACUGAUUGUUAUUGGUUCAUUUUUCAUGAUUAAUCUCUGUCUUGUUGUGAUAGCAACGCAAUUUUCUGAGACCAAAAAACGAGAACUAGAUCGAAUCCGGUUAGAACGUUCAAAAAUUCAUUCGACCACUAGUUCAACAUCUUCACUUGAGACAAACGACCCAACAACUUGUUAUAACGAAAUAAUAAAGUAUAUUGCACACCUGUGGCGAAGGAACAAACGUUGUUUUAUAAAGAAAUAUUAUCCUCGAAAAAAUUGUAAAUGCCAAUCAAUUGAUAAUUUCUCCUUUGAAGAUCCACGAUGGUUAUUAUUUUUCAAUGCAAGCAACUGUGAAUCAAAUUGCUCGUUUAAAGAUAAUUAUGAUAAUGCAUUAGAUUAUUUUAAUCUCUUGCAAUCAUUGAAGAGAGGCAAUAAAUAA